AUGCAACACGAGAAUAGAAGGAAGCGAAUUCCAGGCAUUCAUCCAUAUUUGGCGGUUAUAGGGGAGCUAAGGCAAGAGCUUGGAAAGGUGACUGCAUCGAUAAACGACCUUAGGGACAAGAUCUCUGCUAUUUACAAACAGGAAAGGGAAAACUCGCCAAAGAACAAUCUGUAUAAGAAGUUAGAUGAUCUAAGCAACGAGAUCAAGGCGUUGAAGGAGAACAGGUCCAAGGUAUUUAACUCGAAGAGCGAAGUACUGGGAGCAUACGAGAAUGUCAAGAGCGAGAUUCAGCCCGAGAAGGGGAAGAAGAUGAUGAGUGCGCAGGAGAUUGAUGGGCGUAUGAAGGAGAUAAAUCUUAAGCUUAUUUCCAGUAAGUGCGACUUGAAGACCGAAAAGAUGUUUGAGGCGGAGAUUGAGAAUCUUAGGAAGCAGAGAAAGAACAUUGGAAUGCUGGAGCAGAAGAGCAAGCUUGCUGUAGAGAUGAAGGGUAAGCUUGAUGUGCUGAAUGCAGAGAUCAAGGAGCUGAACCAGAAGAUAGCGGAAAGACAGUCGAUCGUUGACGGAAUCAAAUCCGAGCUGAAGGAAAUCAGCGACCAAGGAAAGCCUAAGAACCCUGUGGUUGACGGGUAUGAGAAGAACAUCCAAGCACUUAAGAGCAAGAGAGGGGAGAUUUCCGAGAAGAUAAAGACACAACAGGAGAAGAUCCGGGAGAAGGAAAUUGAGUACGACAAGUUCCUCGAGGAGAUAUCUAUUGCACAAGCUCUUGAAAGGCAGAAGGAGGAGAUAAUGCAGAGGAUUCAUGGUCUUGAGGAGCAGAAGAAUAUCCUUUCAAAGGAAGAGUCCAAGCUUGAUCCUUCGAAGUUUGAUUCAAUAAUAUUUAGGAUGGGAUCUCUCUCUCUGUCUGGAGAGAAGGUCAGCCUUCCAGUUGACCUGGCCCUCUACUUGAGCCAGCACAAGAUCCCGAUUCCGACAUGUGCCAACCAGAUGAAACCAACGAUUGAGGUCCUCAAGUCUCAGAAAGAAAGCUUCUCCAACCAAGUGACUGAAAAGAGAAAGGAAUUUGAAGGCAAGAUUUCUGAUCUUGAAAGAAAGAUAGCCGAGGAAAGAAAGAUCUUGUUGGGCAUGCCUCCCACUGAUGUGAGACUGCUAAAGUUCAAGCGCGAUUAA